ACACUGACUCACCAUCAACAAAAUGCCAUUCAAGUUCAUACCGGAGAGAACGCUGAUAACUAUAGACAAGGUAGGCUUCACAUUUGGGAGAAUGUAAGUAAGUCUGAAUCACUGUUCCGUCCAACAGCCAACUGAGUGACAAUCAGUUUGGAAGUGAAAUGGGACCACACAAAAACAAAACAGUAGUUUCUUCAUUUUACUUAGGGGACUUGCUAAGUAAGGAGAAGCAUAUGUCUGUAAAUCAAUAGGUGAAAAAAAUAACUCCAAAAUGGCUUGACACAAACCUGAAUUUCUAGGAGGUAAUGGACCAUUCUCCAGUGAUACCCUGCAAUGUCUUUUUGCACGUCAUGCUUUUAACUGUACAACCAAGGAAAAUUUCAGCUUGUGCAGAAUGUGGCCAACCAUUUUCUGAUGGGACCAAAGCCCCUGGUUGCUUCUUACAAGUCUCCUCCUCACCCUUUUGCCCGGGUAGGCAAAUAUAUUUUGAAAUCUGUUUCUGGAUGCAGAUUGCCUCUACUGAGUUGUGGCUUAAAUUGGAGAAAGAUGUGGAAAAUCUUGCCGCAGCCACUGAAAGUAGAUGUACCAUCAACCGCACUUUCUACACAACCCUGUAUGUUGCUAAAUUCAGCCUUAAGUGAGACAUUAAACUUGUUGGCAAAUGAAACUGCAUCCUAAUGGGCUCUCUGAAACACAAUGCAUCAGUAACAUGGUUUUGUUGAGCAAUGAAGAGAGACUUAAUUUAAUGUUAUAAAAUUAAGGCGGGAGUUCAGUACAGACUCCCCAUUGACUCUGGUAUUGUUUGCUUGGCUUUUCCUACAGCAUCUUUCUUGGGUCAUGAACAAUCUACAGCUAUCUACUCUGCAAGCACUUUUCUGAAAGGGCACCCUCGCACUGUGACCGCAAUGAUGUGAUAGUUUGGUCAGUUAGGCAGUACUUCAUUGCAACACUUACAGUCAAAAACAACGCUAACCACAUGAUUUCACAUAAUGUGUGGCAGACAUUACCUUUGUGAAAGUAACGUAGAUGGGGUGGUCUUCUGUUUCUUACAGCUCUAUAAAUCUAUGUCAUUCUCCCUCCUGAACAGUUCAGUAACUAUUUUGCAGCAUGAGUGCUCAAAGCAUCUAGCACAAGUUUGUAUCAAGUGCCUAAUGGUGCAUUAUUCUGCUUGUUUUCCUCAUUUUCCUUCCUACUUAGCGUUUUGUGGUUUAUGAAUGACUUUACAACAGCUCUUUGAUGUUUUUUUUCCAAAUUCAUGAGGUUAUUUUUGUCAAUGUUAGUCUUGUUUCUGUGGCUGCUGCUAUCAUAUGCCAGGUGCAGUAAAAACACUGGAAGGUUAUUUGCACAAAUACCAGUGCAAGGAAGAGGUCUUUCAUGACAAUAGGGUUGUGCCAAGAAUGGAGAAGAAAUUUAUUUCAGUUCACAUUUAAAGGUGAACCUUCCUAAUUCAUACUUUCUGAAAUGAUAUGUGAACUAAAACAUAGUGAUUCUUCGUGGUUUGCACUUUUUUCAAAUUUUUCAAUGCAGUUCUUCAGGCAACUAAUGUAUACAGAAUUUUACUAAGGCAACAUGAAUGUGUGAGUUAGAGAACAACAUGCAAAAUAUGGAAACUUGGUUUGGAAACAUGUAUAUUAGGCAAAAUUGGAUAGAAAAAUGUGUAUAGUAGAAGAAAUUCAUACUAAAUGCUGAUUAAUUUUCAUGAGGGCUUUUUUCCUAAAUGCAAAAUGAUGUGGAAAUGUAGAUAACUGAACUUAAGACAGGAAAAAUGAGAACCAGUAAGAGGUUGAAACUGAGAGAUUCAUCCAUCCCUAACUGUGCCCAUUGUUAUUUAGCAUGCAGAAAAGAAAUAGUCACCCCAAACAACUGCCAACUCUCUUCCUCAUGCAAAACAUGGAUAAAUGCCUCAUUUGCCUUCUUUUUGAAGGCCUAUGCAGUUCUAUUGCUAUCAAAGAAAGGACAAAAUGCAUGUGGUUUUGUAGAAUUUACUGUGGUGUUUUUCCUCAGUUGGAGAUUUCACUUCAGUGUUAGCUCCUUCUCCUGUUUCUACCCAAGUUUAGCAACUUAACACCUUCAUUGGCAGUUCAUUAACAAAGCUGUAUAAUAUCAAUACAAAAGAGCUGUGGGAAAUUUCACAAUGUUUUAAAAAGAAAAAUACCAUGUGUGGAAUUCCUACAUAACAUUGCAAUCUCAAUUUCCAUAACAUAAAAAUUACUCUCCCCCUCACCUCACUUUUUGUUGCAGAAACACUUUCCAGUUCUUUUUUCCAUACUGACCCAACUGGAUCAAAUAAGCCGGUUAUCUCUCUUUGUGUUAAGCAGAGCUAUCUGCAAUCUGAUGAGGCCAAUGAACAAGCUCCAUAUGCCCACAACUGUGUAGGAACAACUGGUGCCACUUUACUGAUGCUCUGUGUGUCAAUCAUGGCAGAAAGGACAGUACUGGAGUUUGCUGAGAGGCAAUCCAGAUUGCUAAUCCUUAAACUACUAGCUAAAUCCUGCCUCCAUGACUGAAAUCUAUAGGCCCACCUAAGCAAUUCUAAGUCUAGGAAAGUAAAUGCAGGAGUAGAAGAUGAUUCAAAGUCUUUAUGAAAAUAAAGGCUGCCAGAGGGACAUAGUUUAUCAGCCAAUGCCAUCUAUAAAUUGAUCUGCAUCCUCAAAUAAUUAGAAUAUAAAAGGCUGAACCUUUGAUGUUUCGCCUUUCUCUGAAAAUAAGCUGAAAUAUUUACCAGACCAAACUUCCUUAGUGCUUUAUAAUAGUAGAUGUUCAGAUAGUUCCCAAGCAUAGUCACUGGUUUGGACUCUGGGGAAUUUUUGUUGAUAUGAUUUUAUGAUGUUGAACCAGUUGAAUCACUCAUUUCUAAAUAGAAAAACCAAGUCCAUAAACUUUAGAUCCCCAGAAAUAAGCAUAAGGUUUUCCUGGGAAUUUACUAUGUGUAAUAAGUUUAUACUUGUCAUUCAUUUAUUACAUUCUGUAUAAGUAAAUUGUUGCCUUAGUCUGCCCUUUUCAGUGGGUUAAUCUGUUCUUGUAUAAUUUGAUUAUUUGCUCAAAAUAGCCAUGGAAAGAGCUUAAAGACUAGAAUCUCUAUUUCAUAAAACUUAAUUAUCCAAAAUUCUUUCCUGGGAACAAUGUGUCUUAUCCACAUAUACCCCUUUUACAGAAUGACCACUGCUGAAAGUUACUGAAAUUGAAAGGCAAAUGAGAUGGUACAUUAAUUUUAAUGUCUGCUACUUUCAACAAUGAGGAUAAAGACUUUUUUUUUUACUGUUCAGUGUUUUCAGUGUUCAUAGUCUUGCCUGUAUCUGCCUGCUAGAUUUCUACUUCCAUGUUAGUCAUAUAGGCUUCAUUCACAUGGCCAUUUAUUUUGUUUCCCCAACAUAGGUAAAGGGUAAAGGGACCCCUGACCAUUAGGUCCAGUCGUGGCCGACUCUGGGGUUGCGGCACUCAUCUCGCUUUACUGGCCGAGGGAGCCAGCAUAUAGCUUUCUGGUCAUGUGGCCAGCAUGACUAAGCCACUUCUGGCGAACCAGAGCAGCGCACCAAAAUGCCAUUUACCUUCCCGCCAGAGCGGUACCUAUUGUCUACUUGCACUUUGACGUGAUUUUGAACUGCUAGGUUGACAGGAGCAGGGACAGAGCAACGGGAGCUCACCCCGUCGUGGGGAUUCGAACCGCCGACCUUCUGAUCGGCAAGUCCUAGGCUCUGUGGUUUAACCCACAGUGCCACCAACAUACCCCUCUGUUAAUUUCCACAUUACAUGUAAGCAUUCACACAAUGUAAAAGCCACUUCCAAAAAUCUAGUGGGAUCUAGUGGAUGUUUAGUGCACAUUUCUGUGUUAAUUGCUUCCAUUGUUUAUUGUUGUGUCACACCGUGGCCACUGAUGUCAGUAAAAUUUAGUGCUAAGUGACUGGUUGUUGUUUUUUAAUCGUUUAGUCAUGUCCAAUUCUUCGUGACCCCAUGAACCAGAGCAUGCCAGGCACUUCUGUCUUCCACUGCCUCCCGCAGUUUGGUCAACAUGCUGGUAGCUUCGAGAACACUGUCCAACCAUCUCAUCCUCUGUCGUCCCCUUCUCCUUGUGCCUUCCAUCUUUCCCAGCAUCAAUCUUUCCCAACAUCAGGGUCUUUUCCAGAGAGUCUUCUCAUCUCAUGAGGUGGCCACAGUACUGGAGUCUCAGCUUCAGGAUCUGUCCUUCCAGUGAGCACUCAGGGCUGAUUUCCUUAAGAAUGGAGAGGUUUGAUCUUCUUGCAGUCCAUGGGACUCUCAAGAGUCUCCUCCAGCACCAUAAUUCAAAAGCACCAAUUCUUCGGCAAUCAGCCUUCUUUAUGGUCCAGCUCUCACUUCCAUGCAUCACUAGUGGGAAAACUAUAGCGUUAACUAUACGGACCUUUGUCGGCAAGGUGAUGUCUCUGCUUUUUAAGAUGCUGUCUAGGUUUGUCAUUGCUUUUCUCCCAAGUAGCAAAAGUGACGGUAUAUUGGUAUAAAAGCCACAGCUCCAUAAUGCAACAUGCACCGCAGCAUGAAAUGAGUGUUAGAAACCAGGAUAGAAGCACUAACAUUAUAAUAAAGAAAACUAAUGCAAUAUUCCCUGUGUCUGAAUGCACCCAUAUCUGGCAUCUUUUAAAUGAUAAAUGUCCAUGCAAUACUCUCUGGAAUUCCCUGCCUAUUCAUACUAGUCAAAUGUCUUUGCUGUGCCGUUUUUAAUGUCCCAUCCAUAGGCUAAUUCAGCCUUUUCUGUUAAAUCUCCAGCUUAGACAAAACAUCCAAAGGCAAUUUAUUCUACUACCUAAAUAGCCUUAAAAUGGGGAAGGUUUUUCUGACCAUUUAAUUGGAACCCGCUUCCUGUAAUGUAAUCCCAUUGAUCUUUGCCGUAACCUUAGUCAAUAUAGAAAGUGUUCGGAAGAGAGCCCUGAAGAGGAUAAAUAGCUGAGACGCUAUGACAUUCAGAAUUAAGUAGCAGGAAGGUGGAUUAUAGGCAGAUAUGGGAUUAUGCAUGUGUAAGGAAAAUAAUUAUGACUGGACAUCUCCUUUGCCAAGUGUCUUUCGUCAGCUACUCAUCUUGCAUUAGAGCGAGGAUAUGAGCAAAUCCAGAUCAGAGAUCAUGAGCAUAUUAUAGCAGAGUCUUCCAAAUGAGGUUAACUUGGAGGUUUGGCCAUAGAAGAAUGAGGGCUGCCAUGCAGAAGCAGAAAGACUUAUUAUAAUUUACUCUUUAUCCCAUAGAGAGUUUCUUGAAACACUCUGCUACCACAUAGGCCAAAUUAUGCGUCAACGAUCUGGCUGAUUCUCACUGAUAUUGUGGCAGGCUGACAUAAUGUUUUCUGUGAUAUUGAAGUCGAUGAUGGAAUCCUAUGAGAAUGGAACCCGCAAACUGUUGAGAAAUAGAGAGGGAUUAAAAAAAAAAAGACAUAGGCAAAUUACAGCCCCUAUUAUUUACAAAAUCCAAAAGGUCAGCAUGGAAGAGAAACUGUAAAUGUCUUGAUGCAUUUUGGAUCAGGAGGCUUGGGGAAAAAACAUACAGUUGGGCCAUCUAAAUGAAGUGUGAUGUCUGGUUGCUGUUAAAUCUAUGGUUGUCAUCCAUGAAAGCCACGAAGAAGUCUGGCAAAAUCCAGCUGCUUCUUACUAAGAUAAUCUGACCCAAAAAAAGGUGCAUAAAAAUGCCAGCAUCCUUCUUCUUCUCUCAAGCCUUUUGGCAUCAAAGACAUGGGGGGGUAAGUCGGUGGCAAGCUCAUUUUCAGAGAGUGAGGUGAAUUAAGCAGAACAGCUGGAUUUGCUUCUGAGAUACAAAGGCGGGGUUCAUCUCUAGAAAUGCACGUACCUUUACAAAUGGACAGUUUGUAAAGGGUGCUGUCAUGAGCAGAAGUCCCUCCCAUACCAUUAAUGUGAAGAAUAUCAUCUAAGUGAAUGCAACUGACAGAACAACACACAUCACACACAGUCCACUCUUGGCCAGAGUCCCAACAUACAAACUUCAAGGAGAUGUGUGGUACAGUGGUACCUUGAGUUACAAACGCCUCAGGUUACAAACGCUUCUGGUUACAAACUCCACUAACCCAGAAGAGUUACCUCAAGUUGAGAACUUUGCCCCGGGAUGAGAACGGAAAUCGUGUGCCGGCGGCACAGUGGGAGCAAGUGGCACCAUUAGCGAAAGCAGGCCUCUAGUUAAGAACAGUUUCAGGUUAAGAACAGACCACUGGAACGAAUUAGAUUCCUAACUAGAGGUACCACUCUACAACUCCAGCUCUGCAAAAUGGACAGAUUUAAGGUAGCAAAGUAGGGAGGUCUGCAACAGAUCCACACUUUUUGGGCUAAACAUUCAGGGUUUGUAAAAUACUUUUUUGCCCAAAUGAUGCACGACAUGCACCAGCCCUUCUGUCUUACUCACAGGCAGAUUAAGUGAGAGGGCUAAUUGGUUUAGGCAUUUAAGUUCCCCACCUUUCAGCACAAGUUCUCAGAGCAGCUUCCAAUGUAGAUAUAGACAACACUAAGAUAAAAUGAACAUUUCUAGGGGAAAAACAGCUUGACCAGCUAAAACCCACGUUGAAACAGAAUUCUAAAAAGCUGAGGUGAAAUUAAGAGACUUUUUCCUAGAGCUGAAAAACAACAGCAAACACUGUUUUAUCAACGCCUGCCAUUUAUGCCUGCCAAGCUUCUGCCACUAUUUUGCUUCUCAGUCAUAAACCUACCCUCUUAACAGAUUAUAUUUUAUUACUAUUAUUAAUUUUAUGCUUGGAUGAAACUGGGAGGAAAUAGUUUAUUAAUGCAGCAUACAGGACCUGUCCAAGACAUUUGGGCACCUGGGGUGAACCAUAAAAUUGCACCCCGUACCCCACCAGGGAAGAUGGGGUGAGCGAAGAUCUACAUCAGGAACCUUUUUCUGCCAAACCUUUUUCAGGUUCUUUGCCUAAAGAAUAAAAAAGAGUGAAUUAAAUUGAUAUCAUGUGAAUUGUUCUCAUGGCAAGAAAGCAAUGGAAAUAGUAUUUGCAAUAUCUAAUGGGCCCUAACUCAAUUUUCUGGUCUUGGUUCAUAGAAUCCUUGUUUUCAUUCUGCAAUACAUGUGAUAUGAUAAGUCACUGGCUUUGUUCCCCAGUCCUAGGGCAAUAAAUUAUACUGAAAGAAUUUUUGUAAAUUUAAUUUAUAGUAGGUUUGGCUUCACCCAAAUAUGGAUUGUUAUGUUUUGUUUUAGCAGUGAGCUUUAAUAUGUGAUGUAAUUUUUGAACAAGUUCCAUUAGUCAAAAUAUGUCCAAAUCAGUGUCCUAACAUAUUUAAGAAAUAAACACAACAGCCACGGGCACAAUUCACUCGUUGGUUCUCUUGCACAAGCCCCAUUGAAGUGAAUGGGAACCAAGCAGACCCAAUUUAUUUCCAUAGGGCUCCUGAAUUCUAUGAUUCUAUGGAAAACCUUCCUGGCAAUGUAAAACAACGUGUUAUGAUUAUAAUUAUAUUUGCUCCAGCUCUCUGCUCCAGCUCGAACAACUUCAGAUGAAUGAAACUACUGUAUGCUUAAAACUAGCUACAUUUCUCUUUUCAUUCAAAAGUUCAUAGUAGUUGUUGGAGGCUCAACUUAUCAUUAACAUAAAUCAAGGUGCACUUGCAUCUUCUUUGUCAAUGGGAAACUAGGUAGGAGAGUUGGGGCAGCAGACUGGGAGAGUAACCCAGUGGUAUUGAGGGCAGGCACAAAUUGAUCAAUAAUUAUGUGGAAUUUUUGGAGGAUACAGACUAUCUGGUUAUCUAGUUCCAUUUAAAGCUGGGUUCAGAUGCAGUUUGGGAACUGAAUAUUUUGUUGGGAGCCGUCCAGAUUGACUGGGGGAAUUUGUAUCUGCUUCUGCUUCUUGGUGGCUGGGUGUGAUCAUUCAGAGUUUUGGGGCAAAGUCUCAACAGUAUACUGAUGAUAUGCAGCACAACUUCCCUGUAACUUCUGAGUCAGGACAUGCAGUGCAUGAUCUGGACGAUUGUCUGGGCGCAGUGGUGGAGUUGAUGAAGGCCAAUAAGCUAUGCUUGAAUCUUGGGAAGACAUCUGUGGGUUGGUGGUUCCUGUGUCCAGGAGACCGGCCAGUUCUGGAUAGGGUUGCACUCUCUCUGAAAGAACAGGUUCAGAGUUUGGGGGUGCUCCUGAAUUCAUCUUUUUCACUGCAGGCUCAUGUAGCCUCAGGGCCUAGGAGUGCCUUUUAGCAGCUACAGAUGGUACGUCAACUAAGGCUAUUCUUGAACAAGGAUAGUGAUUCGUGCAUUGGUAACCUCAAGACUUGAUUAUAGCAAUGUGCUCUCUCUGGGCCUAUCCUUGUGCCUAGUCUGGAGGCUCCAGCUGGUGCAAAAUACUGCAGCUGGACCUCUUAGCCUGAAAAAGUUGGGAAACCCCUGUCUAAAUUUAAGAGCAAUUGUUUAAAAGCAAUGGACCUAGAUGCUUUCAUACACUGUGCAAAAUAUAUCACUCUUUUGAACUUUUAUGACCGUUCAAAUUAUCAAAUUAUGGAAAAGGGAAAGAAAACAAGUGUGUCUUUUCCAGUAAAGUACCACAAAUUAGCCUUGUGAUGUACCAGUUCUAGGAAUGUUAUUCUCCAAUAGCAAUGGGCUGUUUUUUAUGGUGCUUAUUUUAAUAUCUCCUGCUGAAAAUACAUUUCUAGCAAGAAAAUGGAUUGAUUGAACUUCAGUACACUUUCCAGGCACUACAUUUUUUUCACCUCAAUUUUACCAGGUCUUGAUUCAAAAACUAUUCAGGGAAAAAAAAUGCUGGAGUCAUAUAUUCCUAAUGAGACUUUGCUUUUCAGAAACUGGACAGUAUUAACUUAGAGGCCAGAUUUCCGCAUUACAUGAAUUGACAUUGGAAAAGACCUUUCUUAAGAGAGAAAGAGACUUUGUUGAGUCUAAAUGUUUUGGACUUGCACUGCAAGGUUUGUAUUUACAUCAGGUACCUUGCUGUUCUUAUACAAGAAAUUGCAGCAGUAAGUGAAAUUCUUCACCUGAGUUAUGUAAAAGCUCACCACAUUUCAAAACAUUUUAAAAACAAAUACAAACUUUAUUUAUUUAUUUAUUUAUUUAUUGGGGGGAGCUAUUCAGUAAGCCAAACCCACACAGAGACUCCAUUUCAUAGAUGCAUUGGUUGUGUUUGGACUGAAACAUAAUUUAGUGCUACAUGAACAAGUCUCAGGCUCAUGUGUUAACUCCUCCCCUCUCUUCCUCUGACACAGUUGUGAGGAGACUGGAGGAAACGAUGAGCAGUUAGUUGAAAAUAGAAAAGAACGCUUCCAAAUGAAUUUUGACUCUGGCUUGCUUGAAUAAACCAUAGUUAGAGCCAACCACAUCUGUGGUUCAGAUGAAAUGAUAAACUGUGGUAAGUUGAAAUUAGAAGAUCUUCAUGGGCCCAGGCCAGAAGUCCACAGAAGCAGAGUUAUCCAACAGCAACCCUGAGAAGAUGGAUCCACUCCAUGCUAUGUGGAACCACCGGCACCAAAGCCCACAUCUCCUUCUCUGAGGAGCCUCCUUUCCUAAUUUCAAAAUAUAUACAACUUCAAGAUAUACCAUAGUCUCAAGGAGCUAAUAAUUAUUAUGUGGCUCAUUUGUGCAUGUUUCCACUAUUCACUGUUGUGUUGCCGUUAAAUGAAGAUACACUUUCUUCUCUUUAACGUGGAGCGAGAAAAUUGAGUCCCAAUGCUCACCCUGGAAUUUACUUCUUAAGCAAACAGAUUCUGCAGGCAGAACCAUAACAAGAAAUGAAGCCAUUAUUUCAAAAAGAGUCAGAAUGAAAAAUUUCAGGUCAAAAAUAUAUUUGACACUUCGGCCGGUUUACCUUAAAGCGAGGGUAUUUCAAUCACAAGCACAUAGGGCAGGCUUCUUUUUAAGUAGAAAAACAUGACCAGGCCAUCAUCCGGAUUUUGAGCACGGUAUGUCCACUAUGAAGGAAAUUCCAGCUCGCUGAGGCUGAGGCAUUUGUUCCUGCAUCGCUUGUGCUAAGUGAUUUUCAUGUGAAGAGAAGGUCCUGCUUGUGUGAUGUUAUUCAUAUUUGCCUAACUCCUGUGUUUUCUUUUCUGGGUACACUUUCCAUUAGGAGGACAGACCACUAAAUUUAUCAUUCAUCUGUGGUCGAUGUCAAAUCAGGACAGAGACGUGGCGCAAGCGGAAACGCCUAGAAUGUUGCAUAAAUAA